UUAAACAUUGCUAGAACAAGACCAGCAAUUUUGGUUUAUCGUUAUUAAUAGUUGUAUCACCGUCGAAGUUUAAAACUCACUGAAAUGAUAAAGAGGUCGCGAGCUCGAGGAAUUGCAGUUAUUCCUUUUGUCUCAACGCUCUUCCUGCUAACACAGGUCUAUAAUAAUUUUAAUAACACCAUUCAUAUCGACAUUAUUUAUGGCUAUUUAAGUUUCUGUUAUAAAUAAUAAAUUAUUUUAAUAAAUUGCGUUGAGAUACUCGUUAAUAAUAUGGAUUAAAUUUAAAUCGAGGGUUCACUUUGUCAAACGUAUUAAGUGUAUAAAGUUUCAAUAACGUAAUCGUAUUCAAAUUCGACAGAAAAAUUUCAUGAAAGUUAAAGUUUAAAAAAAAAUUUUAAUUGUUUGAAAUCAAUUAAAGAAAUAAUAUCUAAAAAAUCCCACGGAAUGUCACCUAAAUAUUUUUAUUUAAUUAUUGCGAUUGUUGGAUUCGUUAAUGCCAAUCCUUUUGAUCAACCACUCGAGUAUGAGGCUGACAGUAGACAAAUUAAUGUAGCUUCAGAUAAUCUUGAUGCACCUCCAGAUCUUCCGCUUUUUGCUAAAUAUCAGAACCCAUUAGUAAAUUUAGCAAAUAAAAAGGAUACAAAUGUAAACGUUAAUGACUAUCGAAAUGAUCCGAAUUCUCAAUUACAAAGCAUUCAAGAUCGAAAAAAUAAUCCGAUAAAUUUUGGAAAUGAAGAUAAUGAAAGUAAACUGGAUGUAGCUCCGAAGCAUUUAAACUUUCCUGAAUCUAAAAAUCCAUCGCUUGAUUUAGUAAACGAAAAGGAUUCAAAUUCGAAUAUCUAUGAUUAUGAAAGUAAUGCAAACUCCCAAUUGCAAAGUAUUCAAAAUCAAAAAAAUAAACUGGGUAAACUCAGAAGUCAAGAAAGUGAUAGUAAACAGGUUGUAGGUUCAGGAAUUCUCGAUCAGGCUUCAAAGAUUUCAAAAGCCUCUAAAUUUAAAAAUCCAUCGCUGGAUUUAGUAAAUGAAAAGGAUUCAAAUUUGGAAAUCAAUAAUCAUCAAAGUAAUGCAAAUUCUCAAUUGCAAAGUAUUCAAAAUCAAAAAAAUAAACUGAGUAAACUCAUAAAUGGAGAAAGUGAUAGUAAACAGGUUGAAGGUUCAGAAACUCUUGAUCAUGCUUCAAAUAUUUUAAAAGCGUCCAAAUUUAAGAGUCCAUCGCAUGGUCUAGUAAAUGAAAAGGAUUCAAAUUUGAAUAUUAAUGAUUAUCAAAGUAAUUCAAAUCUUCAGUUGCAAAGUAUUCAAGACCGAAAAAAUAAAUUGAGUAAACUUAGAAAUAAAAACACUGAUAGUACACUAGAUGCUGCUUUAAAAAGUCGUCAUCACUCUUCAAAGCUCUUAAAAGCUUCUAAAUUAAAAAAUCCAUCGCUUCAUUUAUUAAAUGAAAAGGAUUCAAAUUUGAAUAUUAAUGAUUAUCAAAGUAAUUCAAAUCUUCAAUUGCAAAAUAUUCAAGACCGAAAAAAGAAACUAAGUAAACUCAAAAUUAAAGACAGCGAUAGUACAGUAGAUGUAGUUUUAAACAGUCGUCAUAAACCUUCUAAAAAGGUUUCACACCUUUCCAAAUUCCGUAAUCCUUUGAAACAUUCAACAAAUGAGGAGAAAAACUUUAAUUUAAAUAACAAUCAAAAUAAUCAGCAUUUUAAAUUAAAACACCCUAACUUAAAUAAACAUAAGACAAAUAAUAUAAAAAAGGAAGCUAGCGAUUUAAUGAUAAAACUCGAUGGUGUUAAAACCAAAAACGAACGCGACAGAGAAAUAUUUAACUAUAUAAAAGGAGAGCCUCAUAACGAUUGCCCGAACACACGGAACAAAAAUCACUUUACAGAAAUUUUUGCUCCCAACAUUUCAUCACUUCCUUUAGAAGAAGACCUCAAAGUUGGGCAUGAUCCUGAAUCAAGCAAGUCAAGCAAAAUUUAUGUCGGUGAAGACGUGACCAUUUGCUGGACAGAAAUAACGACAAUAAAAGAAAACAAAUUAUUAGCACCGCCGAAUCUACUGGUGAUACGUGAAUAUGCUAUUUCAUUUGAAAACGCAGCGACUAUUCCCGAUGAAUAUUUAGAGUGUUCUAAAAUGGACGGAGAAAUUUCAGAUGACAGGCGUACAGUUUGCGAUUCAAAUUUUCCCUCGGUUAUUGAUCAAGACACCAGAAAAAGUAGAGUAAUAAACACGACGACAGUAAGUCGUGAAGGAAAUCUUGAUAUUACGCAGAUUAAAUUAAUUAAAUGUGGUGUAGGCUCGCUUGUGACUAGAGAUGUUUUUAAAACUGGGAAAGAAAAUACUGGUAAACGGAUUGAAAUUAAGGUAAGUCCGUUGACUAAGAGUGUUGAAGACUACUGUCAUACGGAGGCUGAAGAUGAACCGAAAUUCAAUAUGAGAAAAGUUGAACAACCUGAAUAUAAUGAUGACGAUGAAGAUGGAGUAUUAUCUACUGGUAUUCAAGCCAAUAUUUUCUCUACUACACCACAAAGUAUUGCUCAAGAUUUACUGGAGAGUAGUGAAAACACUUCAUGCUCAGGAUUACACUGUCCUUUAAAUUCUGAUAAUCUAAAUAAACAUACGAAAAUUGAUAUGGAAAUUUUAGACAAAGAGAAAAAUAGUUUUGAAGAAAAAUCGAGUGUAAAAAUAGAUUCUACUACUGCGACUAUCGAAACAUCGUUGAUAAAUGACGUUAAUCUUGUAGCAAAUAUUAGUUUUUCGACAGAACACGAAUUAACGUCUACAUCAGCGCCAAUAACUCCCGAAACUGUAAUAAAAACUGUGGACUUAGGCCCUAGUAAUCUGAAUGUAUUGGUGGGUCAUGAUUUGAAAUUGGGAAGCACGAAUGUAGAAGAAAAAACCACGAAAAUUGUGGAUCAUAAUGACCAAAAUUUGCAAUUAAAAUCAACCUUAAAGACAGAUGAUUUGGAUGAAGAUUAUUCGGGAUCUGGUUCUGGUGACUGUUCGGAAGAAGUGGAAACCGAAGGACCCAUAACUCUGGAGCCAAAUGAUGAUAAUUAUGAUAUUAAGAUUCGUAAUAACACUAGUAUUCAUAUCGUUGAAGAUUCAUUGACAACAACUACGACUGAUGCAACACCCAUUGAUGUUGAGCGUAAAUUGCACGAAAUAUCAACGACAUCUGAGACGAGAAAAAGUACUAUGCCGAUUAAUUCACUCGUGAUUGAAACCCCCGAUAAAAAUGGAAAACACCGACUUGCCUUGAAAAUAAGAGUUUCAUUAGAGGAGAUUGAUAAUAACGAGCCUCACAGGAUUGCGGACAUUGAGAAAAACUUGACUUUAGAUGAACGGCUUACUGAGCAUGGAAACCACAGCCUUUUGCAGCAAUUACAGGCAUUAAAUAACUCUGGCGAUAGCUUAGAAGCUAUCAAAGAGAUUUUAAACUGUUCAUUGCUUGAUAAAAUAUCUGAUGAUGUCAUCAAUAAUCCGGGAAGAAUCCAACGCAGGUCUGCAGAUAAUGAGAAAAGUGAAGUAAUUAAAGAGUGUCUUCCAGAAAUUCACGAGGACGUUAAAACCGGCUUACAUAAUGUCUUAAGCAAAGUACCCAGCCUCGAUUCUUCAAAUGAUAAUAAAAAUAAUAAUACUAAUGUUAAUGUUAAUACAAAUACGAGCACUGCACAUAAAAGUAAGCGAUCAGUCGAUGAAGGUGUUGAGGAAUUGAGUAGAUGGUCUAAUGAAAGAUUCAUGAAAUUGCAAACAGGUGGUCAGCUUCAUAGUAUUACUGAGCUUACUGUUUUAAGAAAUACUAAUGACGAUUGUUAAUUUUAUUGUAUAUUUUGAUC